UGAGGGAAUGUGUUUGUGAAGCGGCGUGAACGCACCAACUCCACACUCGUUCAGUCUUUCAGUGUUUUUGAUCUCACGUACACUCUGUCUCCCACCUCUUCGUCAUUCUCCUGCCUGAUGUUCACACCACCGCUAAACCGGAGUAUAUUCCCUGUCUGACCGACUCUGAGACGCAGCCGGGGGCCGGCAGAGUCCACACAGCGCUACCAGGAUGAAGUCUUGGGGACCAUGUUCGGUUGGAUUUUAUAUUUGUGCGGCCAUGCUUAUCAAAGGAUCCCUGCAGGGAGAACACCAGAGGAAGCUUUACAAGGAGCUGCUGGCUAACUACAACCGGCUGGAGAGACCGGUGGUCAAUGACUCAGCCGCCAUCCUGGUGGAGCUUGGCCUCACACUGCUGCAGAUCAUAGACGUGGACGAGAAGAACCAAGUGCUGAUGACGAAUGCUUGGCUGCAGCUGUAUUGGACAGACGUCUACCUGAGCUGGAAUCCAGAAAACUACCCCGGAGUCCAGAAUCUGCGCUUCCCUUCAGACCAGGUCUGGACCCCUGACAUCCUCCUUUACAACAGUGCGGAUGAGCGAUUUGAUGCCACCUUCCACACCAACGUACUGGUGAAUGCGUCAGGCUACUGCCAGUACAUCCCCCCUGGCAUCCUGAAGAGCACCUGCUACAUCGACGUGCGUUGGUUCCCCUUCGAUGUCCAAAAGUGUGACCUCAAGUUUGGCUCCUGGACACACAACGGCUGGCUGCUGGACCUCCAGAUGCUGGAUGUGGACACAUCCACAUACAUACCCAACGGGGAGUGGGACCUCGUGGGUGUGCCAGCCAAGCGCAAUGAGCUGUACUAUGAAUGCUGUAAGGAGCCCUACCCUGAUGUAACAUUCACAGUCACUAUGCGCCGCAGGACGUUAUAUUAUGGACUCAAUUUACUCAUCCCAUGUGUGCUGAUCUCUGGCUUGGCCCUGCUCGUCUUCCUGCUACCUGCAGACUCUGGAGAAAAGAUUUCUCUGGGCAUCACUGUUCUCCUCUCGCUAACUGUCUUCAUGCUUCUGGUAGCAGAGAUCAUGCCUGCCACGUCCGACUCUGUUCCUCUCAUCGCUCAGUACUUUGCCAGCACCAUGAUGAUAGUGGGGAUGUCUGUGGUGGUGACAGUUAUAGUCCUGCAGUUCCACCAUCAUGAUCCUCGAGGAGGCAAGAUGCCCAAGUGGGUUCGGGUGGUUCUGCUGAACUGGUGUGCCUGGUUUCUGCGUAUGAAACAACCCGGCGAUGAGCGCAAGCGGACUGGUUACAAGCACAGUCACACCUCCCAGCACCACUCCAGCACCAGCUCCAUAGAGAUGGGUGCUUUGCCAAGCCUAAAUAUGCCCCUCUCACAGACAUCUUGCCCACCUUGUCCCACAGGCACCUCCAACGGUUCAAUGAGCCUCUACUUUGGCAAUUACCACUCCAUACAGAGCCCACAAUGCCCACCUUCCAGCGACUCCGGGGUAGCACUUGGGGGCCGUGCUCAUGGCUCCCCUAGUGAUGAGGCUGAGUCAUCUGGAGGAUCUGGCAGUGGUGUUGGAGGCCUGGGGAUGGGAGUUGGACCUGGGAUGGGAGUCAGCAUCCCCCCUCCAGAGAUCCAGCGUAUCUUAGAUGAGGUUUCAUACAUAGCCCAGCGCUUCCGGGACCAGGACAAGGCCGAGGUCAUCUGCAGCGAGUGGAAGUUUGCAGCGGCGGUGGUGGACCGGCUGUGUCUGGUGGCUUUCUCUCUCUUCUCCAUCAUUUGCACCUUCACAAUUCUCAUGGCAGCACCCAAUUUCAUUGAGGCUGUUUCCAAGGACUUCACAUAGCUGGUUGCAGCAGAAGUGGAGAAAGGGAAGACAGCAAAGAUUAGGGUUGAAUAAAAGAUUAAGAAAGAAAGGGGAAGGAUACAAUGAAGGGUGCAGUUUGUGGUCCCAUGCCUACAGUCAAGGUACCCCAUUGGAAAGGAGCUGAAGCCAGGUUCAACACCCAGCGGUUUAAUGAUAAAAAGUAACUGAAGAAGCUAAAGAAAGUGUAAUGACCAAAUCAGGAACCAAAAUAGUCAUGAUUGAUAAAUCACAAAGACAAAUCAUAGUUUUUUCCUCACACUUUCUAAAUGAAGAACAGAAGCAUAAUUCAUUGUCCCACACAGGUUGUUCCUAUCUAGAAGGCUUAAUAGGUGUUGCAUGCAGACUCAAAAACAAACCUGGGGAGACUUGAGCUAAAAGGUUGGUCAUCACAGGGACAGUAGGGGAGGACACUGUCUAGAUUUAAUUUUUUACAUUUCACUGAGUGGAAGAUAAUGUUGCAGCAAAUUGUCUUUCCCUAAAAACACUGUAAAUAUCAUUAUCUUAUCUUCACUUCUUUUUAAAAAAACAGCUUAAUUUACUAUACAGUGACCCAUUCAGCACCCCAGUCCUCCUCACUGCCUCUUCUCUUGUUCAUUAUAAUCUUUGUCCUGUAUGUACAAGAUGUCCACCAACUGUUCACCUUCAAAAAGAAAAAUCUGACUUGUAAUAAUAUUAGGAUAGAUAUUAAAAUGAGAUGUUUCACUGUAAAUUGUAUUGUUUUUGCGUUCACUUUGACAACAGAAAUCCACGUUAUUGCUUUCACACAAGUGUAAAGGCAUUUUUUUUAUACAUCAGAGUAGAACUGUGUAUUUAGGAUAACUUUGUCUAGCCUGUUUGAUUUAAGGCAAUAUAAUCUGUAACAUGAGAACAGUUUGAAUCAGUGAUAUGAUGAAACAUCUAAUACUUUGUAUAAAAAAGCACUGUGUGGACUGUUAUGUACUGGUGUUGACCAGUAACACAACAUGCACUGUCUUUCUAACAGUCAAAUAGUGUAUGUUGAACUGUACAGUACAUCUUUUAACAAAACGGUCUAAAAACUACACACACAUCAAGAAUUUAACAAUAGAAAAGAGGUCACAUAAAGUUGUGUUACUGCUGAACGAAAUACUCAUAUUCAUGUACGUUUUUGGACUUCACUGUACAAAGUGUCAAUAAUGAUGAAGAGCAAUGUGACUUUUGAACUACUGCCACCAGAGACAAUGGCUCGGCAGGAGGAGAACACUUCAGUACCACAUCCACCACCAUAUCACUGGAGAAUAUACUGUAGGUUUAUAAAAGGCCCUAGUGUUUGUUCGUGUUUUGUAGAGGGAGCCGAGUGACUAAUUCACACACAAAGUUGUUAACGUGUUUGGUACCACCUCUUUGUUGUAGGUACAUUCAUUGGUGUCUUUAUCUCUUUUACUGUCAUUACA